UGGGCAUUAGCUCUUUCUUCAAUCCAAAACCCUAACCUUGCCACAGCUCCACUCCCAUUCCCAGAAUUCCGUCCAAUGGCAGCGAUCGACCCUUUCGCGUCCAUAGCCGAGCUAUGCUCGUUAUCGUCUUCCCAAGAAGAGUACUUGCGCCGCUCUCGUUUCGCGCUGGAGCCUCCACCCGAUUCUCCCAUCCCAUUCCUCUCCGACUCCAGCCAAGACGCCGCUUCUGCCGAUCUCCGCCUCGAAUCAACGCCGAUAAGGAUGGAAUCUCUGCCAGAGACCCCCGUCGAGGAGAAUCAACCCGAAGACAGCCCCGGCGGUGGCGUUCAGGCGACGAGCGGCGGAGCUGGAAAUGACGACGACAGCGACAAAGAUACCGUGGUGAUCGGUGGCGGUUCUUCGGAAGAGGAUUCGGCAGCUGUCGACUUGAGCAGGGAUACGUAUCCACUGUUCUCCAUUGAGCCCGAAUCGGAGUCGACGGAGAGGAUCGAAAGCCAGGACAAGGUAAUUCUCUGCAAUUCUGAAGAACCUAGGGUGCUAGAUGGGGAAUUGGGUUUCGGUGAUGGUGGUGUUUGCAAACCUCUUAUCACAGUAUCUAGAAAUUCUGAUAAAGUUGGGGGUUCUGGAAUUUCCGUGAGUGAGAAGAAAUGGAAGGGACUAACAAGAUGCCUGGGCUUAUUGCAGUCGGUAUCCGAGAAGCGAGAGGGUAGUAGUAGUUGUUGCAGAACUCCAUUGCUGCGGACUCCGCAAUCUAAUUUGGGCAGCGACCCGGCUCUAGUUGUACAGAGAUCGAUAGUUUCUUUGCAGAAAUUGGGGUCUCCAUUGAAAGGAUUAGCAACUGCGAGUGAGAAACAAGGGGGGAAUUUCAGCAAAAGCAUGUUUCUGCAGACUUCAGAAGCUAAUCUGGGCAUUGAUCCAGCUCUAGUUCUACAGAGAUCCCUGGAGAAAAUGGGGUCUACCACGAAAGAACGAAAACAAGGACCGGAAUCUGUUCAGGCUGUCAAGCGGUUAGCAUCUGCAAUAGCAAUAGAACACACGGAUGAUGGAAAGAGUGAAGCAGCACAACGAGGGUCAGCUGCAAAGAGGAAGCUGGAGUACGUUGGUGAGGGUUUCGGCUCAAAUGCUGCUGCAGAAACUAAUGUGUUGGAAAACGUAGAGCACAUGACUACGAGCCAGGGAGAUACUUCUUUGCCCAGAAGUGGUAAAAGAGCUAAGGAACCAAGUAGAUCAUCUCCAGAGGUGGCUACAUUAUUGGGUCUCUUGAAUAUUUUUGCAGCAAAGGAACCUGUCCGUGAUUCCAAAGUCGAAAGCAUGAGUCUCAUUGACAUUUGCAAGAUGCACGGCAUGACCUUUCCUUAAGGGAAGAAGUCAUUUGAUUGUCCAGAAAGGUAUCCUAUCUUGAGAAGUAUUGAUGGCUAGUGAGUUACUUCUAUUCAAGGACCACGUCCACCUUUCCCAAACCACGAGUGAAAGAUUUCAAGGUUGUCAUCAGACAGCUCCAGGAUGGGACUUCUUGUGAUUUCUCAUUAAAGUUGCAAUCUUUUGCAUGGUUAUGGUACUGGGUUACAGAGUCUGGAUCUCAUCUACAAAUGGGUAUUCGCAAUCCGAAACAACAAAGUUCCAUUUGGCUUAAUUUUACACUUUGGAGCUACUUUUUGACCAUGGAGGUGCUUGAAUUUUUACUGCGCUGCUUCAGUUUCUAUCUUCAAAUGAUGAGCGAGGCCCUUUUCUUUGCCCUCGAGUGUAGCUUUCUGUCCAAGUUUCAAAAAUUCUUGGUAUGAUAUGGAUUUGUAAUUUGGUGCUCGCUUCUUCUGCUCCUUGCUGAGAAUAUCUGGUAAGGGUCCAAUCACAGCGUUGCGGUUUGAGUUGUGGAAUGCUGCAAUUGAAAGCCUCUCCUUUUCAGGGUUCACUACUACCCUAUGCUCUAUGCUCUUGUAUUCUCCAUUGCUCAUGAUCUGUUGUCAAUGCAAAUUCGACAUUA